AUGGCUGAUAAUUUAAAAUUGACCGACGAGGAGAGGACUGAAAUCAAGGAGCAAUUUGAACAGUUGGACACAAAUGGAAGCGGCUACCUCGAUCUUAAGGAACUUAAAGAUGCACUGGACAGCGUCGGAUACAAAAUACCACAAUGGAAGGUGCGAUGCAUGAUCGAGGAAUACUACGACAAUGGAAACAGUAAACGCGGCGUCAACGGCAGUCUGAAUGGAGACGCGCGCAAGAACGCCAUCAGCCUCACAGAGUUUGAGGAGCUGUGUGCUAAUCUUAAAGCUCAGCAGGUCUCCAGCACAUUUAAACAAGCAGUCAGUAAAAAGGAGAAUUUGGAACAUUUGGGCGGCAUGAGCGAAGCAUCCAGUGACGGUACGACCCACUCAGUCCGUCUAGAAGAACAGAUGGCGUUUUCCGGAUGGAUCAAUAGCAACUUGGAGCAUGACCCGGACCUUACGUAUCUGUUGCCAAUCGACCCAGAAGGGAAGCAACUCUAUGACAAGCUGAAGGAUGGACUUAUAUUAUGCAAAGUGAUAAACCACUCGUGUCCGGACACGAUAGACGAGCGAGCGAUCAACAAGAAGAACCUGACAUUGUACACAAAACAUGAGAACUUGACGCUGGCACUGGUCUCUUCCCAGGCCAUCGGGUGCAAUAUUGUUAACAUCGACGCACACGACUUGGCCAAAGGCAAACCUCACUUGGUGUUGGGUCUUCUGUGGCAAAUCAUUAGGAUCGGCCUGUUCAACCAGAUCACUUUGGAGCACUGCCCGGGUCUCACUGAACUGCUUAAUGAUCAGGAACGCAUCGAAGACCUGCUAGCGCUGUCGCCCGAGGCCAUCCUGCUGCGGUGGGUGAACCACCAGCUGCAGAGCGCCGGCGUGACUCGGCGCUGCACCAACUUCCAGCAGGACGUGGCUGACUCCGAGAUAUACUCCUACUUGCUCAAGCAAAUCGCACCCGAUGACGCUGGAGUGGGCCUCGACGCUCUUAGGGAACAAGACCUACUCCGUCGUGCCGAGCUGAUGUUACAACAAGCCGCCAAGCUCCGCUGUCGCGCGUUCGUGACGCCCGCGGACGUGGUGGGGGGAGUGUACAAGCUCAACUUGGCGUUCGUCGCCAACUUGUUCAACCAACACCCUGGCCUGCAGCGGCAGGCUGACACUGAGGAAUACCACCAGCUGGAUGAGACCAGAGAAGAGAAGACUUACCGCAACUGGAUGAACUCGAUGGGCGUUGCUCCCCACGUCAACUGGCUGUAUUCCGACUUGACUGAUGGCCUUGUCAUCUUCCAGCUGUACGACAUCAUCAAACCUGGCAUCGUUAACUGGAAGAAGGUGCACAGACAAUUCUCGAAGCUGCGCAAGUUCAUGGAGCGCCUGGAGAACUGCAACUACGCCGUGGAGCUGGGCCGACAGCUCGGCUUCUCGCUCGUCGGGAUCGCCGGCGCAGACAUCAACGAAGGCAACGCCACGCUCACAUUGGCGUUGAUCUGGCAACUGAUGCGCGCUUACACACUCUCUGUCCUCACCCGCCUGGCCAACACUGGCAACCCCAUCAUUGAGAAAGAAAUCGUGCAGUGGGUCAACAACAAACUAAAUAGCGCUGGCAAGUCUACGUCUAUUAGGAGUUUCCAGGACGAGAUACUGGCUGAUGGCAAGGUAGUGAUCGAUUUGAUCGACGCGAUCAAACCUGGUUCGAUCAACUACGAUCUCGUGUUACCUGGCAAUAACGAUGAGGAGCGGCACGCGAACGCGAAGUACGCGAUCUCGAUGGCGCGGCGCAUGGGCGCGCGCGUGUACGCGCUGCCCGAGGACAUCACGGAGCGCAAGCCCAAGAUGAUCAUGACCGUGUUCGCCUGCCUCAUGGCGCUCGACUACAUCCCCGCCAUGGACGCGCCCGUCACCGCCAGUUCGGAACCUUUGCUAUCGGCAACAGAGGUCGGCAGCGGCAAUGAGUUUCACUAUGAAGUUACCACUCUUGUGGGAACUAUCGAUUCAAUGGAACAGUAUCGAAGGGAAGAAAGCGAAGCGGUUGAGGAAAAUUCUGAAGAAUUGCUGGAAACAGAAACAGAUGCCACGGAGAAUACAGGAAGGGAUGCCACGGAGAAGCCUACACCGCCGCCCAAACCUGAUAAUUUGUCACCUUUGCCCAGCUCUACAGCUGUUGCUUCAAAUGAAUAG